CGCACACAUCUUAAGCAAAAGCAGGAUAAGGAGUGCCCAUUCGCUUGCGUCAGUAUUCGAUGAGCACCUAAAUAGAAUGGAAAGCAUCUCCUAUCUUUGGCAUCAAGGGGUUUCAAUCAGAAAAACAGAGAGCGAGAGAGAGAGCUGCAGUGAAAAGGGGAGGACCUGGCUACAACAACACAUCACGUAUACUGUAAAAUGUUAUUGCUAUAGAAGGACUCUAGCGUCAAUGUAUUUACUUACAUGUGUUACAUGCGGGCAUAUUUAAAUCCGCAUAAUCACAACGGAUCUGGGAAAGUAAACUUGAGGUCUUAGGAAACAGAUAACACAGGGAUCCCAACCCCCCCAACAUGCCGGAGCAGAGCAACGACUACCGUGUUGUGGUGUUUGGGGCCGGCGGUGUGGGCAAGAGCUCCUUGGUCCUUCGCUUUGUCAAGGGAACCUUCCGGGACACCUACAUCCCCACCGUGGAGGACACCUACCGCCAGGUGAUCAGCUGUGACAAGAGCGUGUGCACCCUCCAGAUCACUGACACCACGGGCAGCCACCAGUUCCCCGCCAUGCAGCGUCUGUCCAUCUCCAAGGGCCACGCCUUCAUCCUGGUCUACUCCGUCACCAGCCGCCAGUCCCUGGAGGAGCUCAAACCCAUCUACCAGCAGGUGCUGGCCAUCAAGGGCAGCGUGGACGCCAUCCCCGUCAUGCUGGUGGGCAACAAGAGCGACGAGACCCAGCGUGAGGUGGAGACCAAGGAGGGUGAGGCGCAGGCGACAGCAUGGAAGUGUGCCUUCAUGGAAACCUCGGCCAAGAUGAACUACAACGUCAAGGAGCUCUUCCAGGAGCUGCUCACCCUGGAGAAGAAGAGGAACAUGAGUCUGAGCAUCGACGGCAAGCGCUCCGGCAAGCAGAAGCAUGCCGACAAGCUCAAGGGCAAGUGCAGCAUCAUGUAGGGAGGGAGAGGUGAUGCCUGACCCCUUGGAGGAAAGACUGAGGUUGGGAAGGGUGGUGGUGGUGGUGGAAAGGGUGGGCGUUCUUGAAGAGACUCACUUCGAGGAAUGGAGGGAAGGUGGGGGUGGAACGGGGGUCGUCUGAGA